CUAAACAAUCCGACGCUUUGUAAUUGUAAAUUACUAUUUUGAGAAGUCUUCUUUUUUGACUUGCAAUUUGUUUGUGUGGACAUGAUGUAUUUAGUUGAGUGAAUGAGAAAAAUAUCUACUAACAUGGUAUUGCUAAGAAGCUUGGAAGAAGCAACCUUGAAGUUGCAGGAAAGUUAUUAAUAAAAACUUGUUCAUAUCACAGCUCAUUACUCCAUCUUCUUUCCUUCCUUCCACUGCAGUAGCACUAAUCUAUCUAUCCUCUUACAAUUUAUAGCUUAUUCAGAUGGCCAGCACCAGCAGCACCUCUUCAGCUUUGGUGACAUCAACAAGGAGAAACUAUUUUGAUGUGUUUGUGAGCUUUAGAGGUAAAGAUACUCGCUUCAAUUUCACCGAUCAUAUUUUUGCAGCCCUCCAAAGAAACGGUAUUUCUGCAUUCAGGGAUGACACUAAACUCAACAAAGGUGAAUCCAUAGCACCUGAACUCCUUCGAGCAAUAGAAGACUCUCAGAUUUUCAUUGUGGUUUUCUCAAAGAACUAUGCUUUUUCAACUUGGUGCUUGAGAGAAUUGGAACACAUCCUUCUUCACUGCGGUCAACCACCAGUAAAACGUGUUCUGCCUGUUUUCUAUGAUGUUGAUCCUUCUGAGGUGAGACAUCAAAAAGGAACUUAUGGUAAAGCCUUAGCUAAACAUGAACAAAGAUUCCAACAAGACUAUGAAAAGGUACGAAGAUGGAGGGAAGCUCUAGCACAAGUCGCAAAUCUCUCUGGCUGGGAUGUGUGUCAUAAGCCAGAAUAUGCGGAGAUUGAAAAGAUUGUUGAAGAGAUUAUAAAGAUAUUAGGUUGCAAGUUUUCAAGUCUUCCAAAACAUUUAGUAGGGAUACACUCUCCUAUACAAGAAUUAGAAAAGCAUUUACUUUUGGACUCACUUGAUGAUGUCCGUGUUUUAGGGAUUUGCGGGAUGGGUGGAAUUGGGAAGACAACUCUCGCUAAAGCCUUAUACAACAAAAUCUCUCAUCAAUUUGAUGUAUGCUGCUUUAUUGACGAUUUAUGCAAAAGUUUUAGGCAAGAUGGUCCGAUUAGUGCACCAAAACAAAUUCUACUUCAAACUGUAGGCAAUCAACCGCUUCAAACAUACAACUCUUGCAACAUAUCUAACCAGAUAAGAAGUAGGCUACAUCGUGUAAGGGCGCUUAUAACUAUUGACAAUGUUGAUCAAGUUAAGCAACUUGGGAAUUUAGAUCGUGAAUGGUUUGGUCCGGGGAGCAGAAUAAUUAUAAUUUCUAGAGAUGAGCAUAUCUUAAAAGAGUAUGAAGUGGAUGUUGUUUACAAAGUUCAACUCUUGAAUCAAAAAGACUCUCUUCAAUUACUAAGUCGAAAAGCUUUCAAACUUGAUCAUAUUGUGAGUAGUUAUGAUAGGUUGGCAUUUGAGAUACUAGAUUAUACAAAUGGCUUGCCACUGGCAAUUGAUGUAUUGGGUUCGUUUUUGUUCGAUCGUAAUAUCUCUGAAUGGGAAAGUGCAUUGGCAAGAUUGAGAGAAAGGCCAAACAAAGAUAUCAUGGAUGUGUUGCGAUUAAGUUUUGAUGGGUUGGAGGAACCGGAACAAGAAAUAUUCCUUCAUAUUGCUUGUUUUUUCAAUCGUGGCAGUAAGAAAUAUGUUACGAAUGUUCUUAAUUGUUGUGGAUUUGAAACUGAUAUCGGAUUAAGAGUUCUAAUUGAUAAAUCACUUAUAAGCCUUGAGUCAGAAGGUAUAUUUGGAAUGCAUGGUUUACUGGUUAUGUUCGGCCAAAAACUAGUUCAAGAAAAAUCAAGAAAGUGGAAGAGGGUGUGGGAUAGGGAACAAUUCUACAAUGUUAAGUUGGAGAAUAUGGAAAAGAAGGUUGAAGUCAUUUGUUGCUUAGGCGCACCAUAUGAUUUCAUUAUCUUGGAUGAAACAUUGUCAAAAAUGAGCCAUUUAAGAUUGCUCAUUCUGCAGAGAGUUGAUUUUUUAGGAAACCUCAACUGCCUUUCUAACGAGUUAAGAUACAUGGAGUGGUAUGAAUAUCCUUUCAAGUAUUUUCCAUCAAGUUUUCAGCCUAAUCAACUUGUUGAGUUGAUCUUGAGGCACAGCAGCAUCACACAACUAUGGAAAGACAAAGCUAAGAAGUAUUUUCCCCAUUUGAGGAAUUUGGAUCUGAGCCACUCAAAAAAUCUACAAAAGAUGCCAGAUUUUAGAGAUAUCCCAAAUCUGGAGCGAUUAAAUUUUGAAGGAUGUGUAAAGUUGGUGCAGAUGGAUCCUUCUAUUGGGGUUCUAAAAAAGCUUGUUUUCUUGAAUUUGAAAGAUUGCAAAAAUCUAGCAAGCAUACCAGACAACAUAUUUGAUCUCAGCUCUAUUGAAUAUGUAAAUCUUUCAGGAUGUCACAAAAUUUUUAAGAAUCAUAGGAUUUUGAAUAUAAGUGGUAACACAUCACAUUCCGAAUCAACAACCUCCUCCUUCUUGAAAUGGACAGCACUUCGUUACCAUUCCUUGUACUCUCGCGCACACAAAGAUUUAGCUAGUUGUUUGUUGCCUUUCUUGGUUAACUUCUCUAGCUUGGUUGAACUUGAUAUUAGUUUUUGUGGUCUAACGGAACUCCCUGAUGCAAUUGGAUGUUUACAUUGGCUAGAAGAGUUAAAUUUAGGGGGAAACAAAUUUGUAACAUUACCUAGUCUGAAGGAGAUUUGUAGACUUGCAUUUUUAAAAUUGGAGCAUUGCAAGCUCUUGGAAUCUUUGCCUCAGCUUCCUUUUCCUACUGCUAAAAAAGAUAUGAUCAGAAAAGGAUUGAUCAUUUUCAAUUGUCCUAAAUUGAGUGAGAGGGAACUUGGCAGUACUAUCAAUUUUUCAUGGAUGCCACAGUUUAUUCAGGCAAACCAAGUAUUCUCUUCAAUCAAAGAUGGGAUUUAUUUUGUAGUUCCGGGAAGUGAAAUACCAAGUUGGUGCAGCAACCAGAGUGGGGGUGAUCCAAUAAGAAUAGAUCUAUCUCCCAUCAUGCAUAACAAUGACCAUAACUUCAGUGGCAUUGCUUGUUGUGCAAUAUUUUAUGUUGAACCAACUAUGACAACAUAUGCACAAGGACCUGAUAUAGGAAUUUCGUUAUGUAUUUUUGGAAGCGGGUUUGCGUGGGAUAGACACAUUCCAGUGAAUCUUAAAAUGGAUCUUAUUGAGAUCGGAUCAGAUCACAUGUGCCUAAUGUAUAUCCCUUUGAAUUUAUUUUUUUUUCAUUUUAAAGAAAACAAAACUCUCAGGCAUCUUGAUCAUUUUGAGGUGUAUGUUAAAAUUAGUAAUAGCCAAGGUAUGCAUUUGAAUUGUAUGAAUUGGAAGGUCCAAAAGUCCGGGUAUCAAUGGAUAUGUAAACAAGAUCAGGUGUCGCCGGAAGUGCAAGCUUUUAGCAAUUGAAGAUGAGGCACAACUACAAUUACAACCAUAAUGAACCAGACUAGUAACAGAUGUAACUUAAUGAACAAUCAAUAAAUAGUCAUUCAGCAAGGUGUUUGAGAGGCCCAGAUUUUAGAAUUCAUCCCAUUAUUUUCUUGUCAGAUAUACAUAAUGUGAUUAUGCUUUGCUUAUGUUGUUGUUCUCAUAACUCAAUAAAAUACGUGAUUCAAUUCAAUUGUAUAAACACAUAUGAAAGAGAAACAUGUGUUAUGAACUUAACCUACAAAAAAUAAAUUGUGAAAAAUUUGAACCAAGUGAAUACAGAAAAUGUAACCAAUUCAGAUCACAAUAUAAAUAUUUCCCCACAUGUGACGCAUUUGUGU